GAGUUUCGUAUUUUUGUCUUCUAAGUUAUAUUUUACAAGCUUUAGCCAGUUAGAGGGUAACGUACAUUGAUUAUUUUGGAUUUAAUAAACUUAAUAAGCUCGUCUUAAAACUUGGUAAAAACUAAAUUUGCUUUAAAGUUUAAUAUUUGGGCUUUUGUUGUUUCAAUUUCUAGUUAGAAGUAAUGACAAUAACAACUGAGGAUAAUCAUACUAGUGAUAAAAACAUGUUAUCCAUUGCGGAAGGAGAAAAUGGCAGAACAAACUGUUAUGCAGUUUAUAUGUUAAAAAGCAGUAGGCAUCAUUCUGUCAGCGCAUCAAGUGAAGAGGAAUGUCAGUUUGAAAACAAAUCAGAAGGAUGGACACAAGAAAAAGAAGAGAAACAGGGAAUCAACUUAUCUUUAGUGGCUACUAAUCUCAGUGCUGAAAAAGAAACGGAUGUUCGUUGCUAUCUGUUAAAAAGAUUGGAUAAAGACCACAUCUUAGACGAGGAAGGAAAGUUAGGUUUUCUCACUUUUGGCACAGACAGUGUUAGUAAGCAAGCUGCUUGCUAUUAUCAGAUUUUGAAGUCUUCAGUUGAAUCUUCAGUACUACCAGAUGGUGGAGGAGAUUAUGAAUAUGUUUCCUGGGAUGAUGAUGUUUAUGUCACAUGUUUGAUAUCUCCUGGUGAUGUUACACUUGACUUGCUUCACUCAGACUUACAACAGUUCUGUUGUAGCUUGGUGCCAUUAUUGAAAGCUGUGUUGAAAUUUGAAGAUCAGAAAACCAGUAGUCAGUGUGAGGACAGUUUAAAAGAAAAGCUGAAUGACUGGCCAACAAAAGCAGUUGAAUACAUUAUUUACUGUAAAAAGUGGAUGAACAAACACAUAUCUGUCUUGCUACAGCUGGGACUACUUGAUGGUCAACUUGAAUUUGUUGAUGUUCAAGAAGAAGCACAAGUGUACUUCAAAAGAUUUUUGGAUGCUUGUAGUUUUGGUCCUAUUCUUCAGGAUACAGCAGAUUCUGUUACAGGUUCUUCAGAACCCUCUCCCAACAUGAGCCAGGCAGUCAGUGGUACCAAUAAUCAACAUUCCAGUUUGGCUAGAGUCACUGUCACUAAAACUAAUGAUGGUUUUCAACUCAGUCAAACAGGUAGUUCUAAGUACUGUCAGGUAUGGGCUCAGAAGUUAUUAAUGUGUGAAGAAGAUGCUCUUCGGCUGAAAAGAACAAUUGAGGAAUUUCGUAUGAAGACAAUACAGGAUAUGAACAUGUUGAAAAGGUUGGUAAAGAAAGCAGAAACAGACCACUAUGCUCUUUUCCAGGUUUACCAGUUUUUAAAAAACUGUGGAUACAGAGACACAUUGCUAUAUCGUAUGAAGCAUGAGGGGUCUUUAAUGUCAAGUCCAGAGUCCUCUGAAGUGGUGGCCAUUUUAGAAGAAUAUCUUCAAGCUAAGAAGAAUGGUGAAAUCUAAUAGAUAUUCCUGUGGAUCAUUGUUCCAUAUACAUACAAAAUAUGUGCAAUGUGAUGUUAAUGCAGAUGUUGAAACUAUAAAGUAGUUGGAGUGAUAAUAUAUAUUAUGCUAUUUUUCAAUGGCUUUUUAUGUUGUAUGUAAAUAAAGAAAGAAGUUCAAAUUCUUUA